CGGAGGGGGCGUGGCCAGCCUCGGGGCGAGGCGGGGCGAGCGCGGAGGCGGAAGUUCCCCGCCGGGCUGAAGGGGACGGCGCAGGCAUUGGGAGCCACUUGUCAGCGCUGCUCUGAGGCGGAGGCUGCGCCGCGCGGGUCCCGGUUUCUUUCAUUGAUUUUGGAACUGCACAUUGAACCCUUGGAACCAUGAGCAACUACAGUGUGUCGUUGGUCGGCCCAGCUCCUUGGGGUUUCCGUCUCCAAGGUGGCAAGGAUUUCAACAUGCCCCUGACCAUCUCUAGUCUGAAAGAUGGUGGCAAGGCAUCACAGGCACAUGUGAGAAUAGGCGAUGUGGUCCUCAGCAUUGAUGGAAUUAGUGCACAUGGAAUGACUCAUCUUGAAGCCCAGAACAAGAUUAAGGGUUGUACAGGCUCCUUGAAUAUGACUCUGCAAAGAGCAUCUGCUGCAGCCAAGCCGGAGCCCGUUGCUGUCCAGAAGGGUGAACCGAAAGAAGUAGUUAAACCUGUGCCCAUUACAUCUCCUGCUGUAUCCAAAGUCACUUCCACAGCCAACAUGGCCUACAAUAAAGCACCACGGCCCUUUGGUUCUGUGUCUUCACCCAAAGUCACAUCCAUCCCAUCACCAUCGUCUGCCUUCACCCCAGCCCAUGCUACCACCUCAUCACAUGCUCCCCCUCCACCUGGGGCCGCUGUCACUCCUCCCCCAUUCUCUGCAUCCGGACUGCAUGUUAAUGCCACUCUUAGUGCUGACCAGUGUUCAUCUGCACCGAACACUGGUAAAUCUGCAGUUAAUGUCCCACGGCAGCCCACAGUCACCAGCGUGUGUUCCGAGCCUGCUCAGGAGCUAGCAGAGGGACAGAGAAGAGGAUCCCAGGGUGACAUUAAACAGCAAAAUGGUAACCCUGGCACUGUGAAAAUUCCACCUAAACGCCCACCGAGAAAACACAUUGUGGAGCGCAACACAGAGUUUUAUCACAUCCCCACUCACAGUGAUGCCAGCAAGAAGAGGCUGAUCGAGGACACUGAAGACUGGCGCCCACGGACUGGAACAACUCAGUCUCGUUCUUUCCGGAUCCUUGCACAGAUCACCGGGACCGAACAUCUGAAAGAAUCUGAAAAUGACAAUACAAAGAAGGCAAAGUUUGACAGUUCUCUGGAAGACCUACUUAAGAGUGGACCUCACCCACCUGCAGCUCCCCAGGUGUUAAAUAUUCAUAGUCAAGUGGCCACAUUUUCUAAAGUAGCAGCCACUUACUCUAGUGUAAGCAGCUCUACAAGGACUGUAGAAGGCUCUGUGGAAGGUUCUGGAAACUUUUCUGCCUUCUCCCCUCCUGCUAGAUACAGUGCUGCAGUUGUCAGUGGUGCGGCUGCCACUGUGUCUGCCGCUCUCGCUGCAAAAACCAGGCUCUCCGGCCCUGAAAACUCUCAGUCCCUCCUGGAUGCACUUUGCAUCAGCACUGUUCCCAAGCCUCUAGCUUUUUCCUGUCUUCAGUCCUCCGAGAAGUCAAGUGGCUCUAUCCGUGUUAAGAAAAGCAGUAGCACUCAGGAGCCCUCUCAGCAGUCAGCGUCACCAGGAGCUUCACCUCUGAGCAAGUCUGAGAGCCUAGAGAGCCCAGGUUCCAGCAAGCCAGGGGUGGCCGGCCUCAGGACCGCGGCUGCCUUCAAGCCUGUAGGAUCCACCAGCGCCAUCAAGUCACCGAACUGGCAGCGUCCAAGCCAAGCAGCACCUUCUACUGGAAGAAUUACAAACAAUGCAACUUCUUCAGGUACAGGGGGCCCUGCGAACUCAGCUGUGGGGCCACCAAGUGACCAAGACACCCUCGUGCAGAGAGCCGAGCACAUUCCAGCCGGGAAGCGGACUCCCAUGUGUGCUCACUGCAAUCAAGUCAUCAGAGGACCUUUCCUCGUGGCUCUGGGGAAGUCUUGGCACCCAGAAGAAUUUAACUGUGCUCACUGCAAAAACACGAUGGCCUACAUUGGAUUUGUUGAGGAGAAGGGAGCACUGUAUUGCGAGCUAUGUUACGAGAAGUUCUUUGCUCCUGAAUGUGGCCGCUGCCAGAGGAAGAUCCUUGGAGAAGUCAUCAAUGCCUUGAAACAAACCUGGCACGUGUCCUGUUUUGUGUGUGUGGCCUGUGGAAAACCCAUUCGCAACAAUGUUUUCCACUUGGAAGAUGGAGAGCCAUACUGUGAGACUGAUUAUUAUGCCCUUUUUGGAACAAUAUGCCGUGGAUGCGAAUUCCCCAUUGAAGCUGGAGACAUGUUCCUUGAAGCUCUGGGUUAUACCUGGCAUGAUACUUGCUUUGUGUGCUCGGUGUGUUGUGAAAGUUUGGAAGGGCAGACAUUUUUCUCCAAGAAGGACAAGCCACUUUGCAAAAAACAUGCUCAUUCUGUGAAUUUUUGAAGAUCAACAGUUCCAGGAAGAGAAGAAAUCUGAAGAAAAAGGAGGAAAAUUUAAAUUACCAUUUAAUUUUUAGUUUUAAUAUUUAUAUGAAGUUCUAAAAUAGUAGUAGCCCUGAAUGGAUAAAUGCCAACAUUAAAAACCAAGUCUGUGACAAAAUGUUUGGCUUCAGAAAGUCACAGACAGUUUGGGAUUUAUUAUGACUAGCCUGUAUUUUCUGCCCAUGAAGUAGUCUUUAUAAAAAUCAAUUUCCUGACUAUUAAAUUCAUCUUAGAAUAAAUUAGUAAAGGAUUACACUUUAGAAUUAAAAACUCUAGCCUCUAUGCUGAAGUGAUACUUUCCUUGUUGGGUAGCUAUGAGAAUUCACAGAAGGCAAUAAAAGUGCCUUAAACUUUAUUCAUAAGAAUAGUUGUUUAAGAAACCUACUUUAUCUUUAAAAUAGUAAGUAAGAGUUUAAAUAAAUUUGUGAGUAGGUGGUGUCUUUUCCUUUUUAGUGUGUGUACAUGCUUUGGUUCUAUCAUUGGUUCUUUCAGUAAGACAGUCCAGGGAAGUUUUGAACAAAGUGUGACAUGCUGUAAGAGACACUGUGAUCUCUUAUGUUCUUCCAAAGGCUGCCAUUGUCGCUUAAAGGUUGCAGAUGCUGGCGUCCCUCCAGCCGGGCAGUUUGUUUGCGUUGUGUGUGGCUCACUACCUGGGCUAGGCUGCCGUGCUUCUUAGGCUGAGGUGAAGAUAAUUCAGUAGUGUUCAACUCCAGUAGUUGUCUUUCUCUCUCUCUCUUUUUUAAGAGAAUAGGUAGAAGAUAAAGGGUCUAGAAAUUGGGAAAAUGAAGCAGUUGUACCUGGAAAGUAGAAAGAGCCUCUACCCCCUUUCAGAUAACGAACUGAUUACAGGUGUGUCACUGACUGGACACAGAAACUACACCUUGCCCAGGAAUGUUUGUGGAUUGAGGAUUAUGAUAAGAUCCGAGUUUGUGUUGUUACUGUGUUUUUUCUUAUUUGGUGUUGUUCUGGGAUUUUGUUUGUUUGAUGUUUUUUUGUCUAGGAUUCUUUUCUAUCAGUAAGAAGUAAAUCCCCUCCAAUUGUGUGAUCAUGGAGUUAGGCAACUCUUACUCACUGGCAUUUGGUAGUGCAGGGGGUACUGUGAUCAGUGACUCACAUGGUCCUGGCAUUUGGUAGUGCAGGGGGGACUGUAAUCCAUUACUCACAUGGUCCUGUCAUUUGUUCUCUAUGAUUGGGCCGAGCAUUGUUUAGGUACCACUUGUAGUCAGGAAAGUGACCAUGAGAAAGCCAUGCAGUGUGGCUCACUGCCCAGUGAGAAAACAAAUUAUGCCAUUUAAUAUUUUUUUCUCUUUGUUUCUACAAUGAAUGAAAGCCCAUGACCCUGCUGAGUUAUAGCUAAAUCUGUUGAGAGCAUGGUACUUUCAAAAUUCAGACAGUGUCCCCUGGUUCUUGCUAUCCCAUCCUUCAAGAGCACCUGUGCAUCCAUUUGUGUGUGUGUGUGUGUGUGUGUGUGUGUGUGUGUGUGUGUGUGUGUGUAUUUUAUAGAGGAGAUCUUAGGCUACAGUAUUUGUUUAACCUCCCUAAGAACUUUCAAGGUAUCUGUCCUGAAAGCUGCUAACUUAUGGUCUAGUAAAUUUAUAGUAUAUGCAGAUAAUAAUGAACUGGGGGAUAGAUGAGCAGGAAGGGUGACACACAUCACAAACCAGAAGCGUCUCCAGUAGCAGCCCAGGCUACCUCCUCACCUAUGCUUGGAGGGAGGCAGGAAAUGUCUUCAGAAGUCAAUGCUGCAACUUCAUGCAUUAGAUCUCAUGGCUGCUGCAGUGACCAAUAACAGACUCACUGGCUGGGGUGCAUUAUUUCUGAUCUGAAUGUCAGGCUUUGGCUUUAUACUACAAAAUAAGUUGGUGAUUUUUUGUUAUGUGAUAGUGUUUUUUGUCUUUUAGAUGAUACACCAUGAUAUUUGACAACUCUUUGACAUUUGCAUAUUCAAAGCAUUUUCUUUGACUUGGAUUUCUUAUAAAGUUAUCUUUCUUUAAGGAUUUCAUUUUUAUUAAACCUUUAUUUCUCUGUUACUUGUGUAUAUAAUGCUGCAUUUUAUAAUGCUGUUUCUCUAAAUUUAAUCCCUAAAACAGUAGUGUGGCUUGCUAAUUGGCACUGUGUCUUUAUUCUUUGCCUACCAUGUUGUAUGGCAAGUUUUGUAUCUGUUCCUAAAACAGUGGCUCCUGGGAGAUGAGUUCUCACCAUAACCAGAAGAGUCUUCUGCAGUGAGGAUCGGCAUGCUUCGUUUUCCAGCAUGGACCUUUUAGUACCUGGCACAGCACUUUAUCCUUCUGGCAAGCUCCCUGAGUAUUUAUUAUAAGUCUUCUGUGUCAGCAGCAUUUUUCAUUACUAUGUUUUCAACAUAGAACAUUAAGCUCUCCUCAUGCUAGAUGUCUCUUUUGAAGGCUGUACUUGAUUAGCCCCGGAUGAAAACAAUAGUGCAUGAUUCUUUACGUCCCUUAUUCCAUUUCUCAUUCUUCAGACUUUGAUGGGCCCAAAUGGACACUGUUCUCUAAUUGUUCUGGAUCACUGUUGCCUGUUGAGGUAGCAGUCUCUGCUUAUGUUCCUAGCGACUCUAUGCUUCCCAUUGGUAGGGUUACCUUCGCCAUGUAAACCUAAAGCCUAAUUAUUUGGCCACAAUAUUAAAACAAAAGUAAUCAUUUAUCUGUUGAAUACUUAUAUAAAACUGUGUUUAAAGUGAUCUACAACAAAAUGCACUCUUUUCAAGGAACCCUAGGUUAGAAGCACUUCUGUAGAAAAGUAACUGCUGCGGUGUGAAGCCAGUGUCACAUUACUGUUUUUAGGCAUUUGCAGUUCAUUCAUCUCCAUUGGAGCGAGGGGAAACACAGAAGACAGUUUUAUGCAAAUGAACCCUCAUUUCAGUCUGCCCCUCACCUCCACAUGUCUAAGGUAUUGGAUUUAGAUACGUAAUGUGUCAUUUGCCACUGUCGAUUGUUGUCUUUUGUUUCUUUGCAUUUUUAAGUUCAUGUGCAGCUGCUCUUUGCUUUUGGAUAUGUUUUUUAAUUAAAAAAAUCACACAAGAAAUAUAAUCUGUGUAGUGAUACCUUAAUGAGCACAUACUCAAUAAACAACUGUAAUGGUUGA